UGUUGUCCCGUGGACACGGCCCAGCAUCUGCUGCCCACUCAUCUGGAUAGCAUCACCACCUUUACUUCAUCCCCCCAAAACAUUGCCCACGACCCUCUACCCUCUUGCCCCUCUGUGAGGGACGCUUACAGGUAAGUCAAGUUACUGAGACUGAAACAGUCUCAGUGAACCCUUUUUUUUUUCUUUUUCCUUUCUUUGUUUGUUUUUCUCUACUUCUACUUCUAUUUCCUUUCCCGCCCGAACGUCUCUGUCGCAACCCGACUAUCGCGACACCGCCUCGGCCCCUCCACAACUAUAACGACCGGACACCCAGUUGUUAACACUGGCUCCUGUGAAUGAUCUCGGGCUGGGCUUGUGAAAUAUACUAUACCAUUCAACGCCUUGGUUGAGUGUGUAUUCCUUCAGCAGUGGCAUCUUUUGACGUGGUCUGCUGGAACGUGCGCCUCCUUCCCCGGCGUCAGUCGCCGGCGCGGAAAUAAUGCCAUCGGCCGAUGAUUCCACCUCCUCUCGACCCAACGGGACCAGCUCGAGCCGGGAUGAGCUCGCAUACUAUAAGAAACAGUAUGAACAGCUAGAAGCAGAGUUGGCUGACUUUCAGUCCUCCAGCCGUGAGUUGGAAGCGGAGCUGGAGAAGGACAUUGAGGCAUCUGAAAAGCGGGAGCGUCAGUUGAAAGAGAAGGUGGACAACUUGAGAUACGAGGUUGACGAGUGGAAGACCAAGUACAAGCAGUCCAAAUCAGAAGCCAACACCGCUCAGAAUACCCUGCAGAAGGAAAUAACAACACUACGAGAUGCCAACCGGACUUUACAGUUAAAAUUACGUGACAUCGAAGUCGCGAACGACGACUAUGAACGCCAGGCCCGUCAUACGACUUCAUCCCUGGAGGAUUUGGAGUCGAAAUACAACAUGGCCAUUGAGAGAAGCGUAUUGCUAGAAGAGGAGAUCAAGAUUGGAGAACAGGAACGAGAGAAUCUACGAAUUGAGAACCAGCAUCUUCGUACUGAAUUGUCUGAGCUGAAGGUCGAAACCGAGAUUGUACAGGAGAAACUCCGGAAUGCGGAAUCCCACGGUGGCCGACGCAGGAAGCCAGCUCCCUUGCACCGCACUCCCUCCACACCACAGACUCCAGAAAUAUUCGACCGUUCUCCAGGACUGUCGACUGUGUCAUCUCCUAUUUUUGCUACACCACCAAUGAAGUCGUCACUAAUAGCCGCGACUGCAACCCCGCCGUCGCCGCCGAUAUCCGAGUCGUCCACCAGUAUGCGCAAGUCCAUCAAUGCGACUCCUGGGUUUCCUCGGCAGAAGGUGUCUGGUUCCGAGUCAUAUAGCUCUCGAUCUUUGCAUAGCUUCCCUCGGCAAAAGGCUUCCGGCUCCGAGUCAUAUAGCUCUCGAUCUUUGCAUGGAUCCAGGACUCAGAAACUAUCCCACGCCCACUCUCGCGCAACGUCAUCGGCACACAGCAAUGGCCGUUCGACUUCAUCAGCUACUUCCCGCGCGAGCCUAUCCAAGCCCAGCCCCGGUCUAUCUAAGCCUAGCUCCAGUCUCUCCAGGCCCAGCCCCGGUUUCUCCAGGCCCAGUCCGAGCCUUUCUAAAUCCACCAACAAUAACAACAGCACUCGGUCGUCCGGGAUGCCCAAGUCGGGCUCAUUGUAUCAAAUUCGUGGUCUGAUCGGCAAAAUGCAGAAACUGGAAGAAAGGGUUCAGUCGGCCAAAUCGAAACUCCCGGCACCCUCUGACUCACCGUCCCGCGUCUCUUCUCGCUCCGGGUCAAUAGUUAGCGAGAGUCCUGUUGCCUCCACAAUUACUGUUCGCAGGGAACCUCGUAAACGAUUAAGUGGCAGCAGCUUUAGCUCCUCAAUUCACGGCGACGGUGUCUCAUCAUAUGUCUCGACCAGUCGACCAUCAUUUAACAGUCGGCCAAGCAGCCGCACGAGCUACUCAAGUUCGUUUAGCCACAGCACACACCCUAGUAUUGCACCUUCGACUCGGCCUGAAAGUCGCCAGAGUCGGACCAAAACGCCACUGGGACAUUAUUCGACAAAUCCAACCACUGAAAGUCGGCGGCCGCGGUCAUCGCUUAGCAAUCCGGCGGGACAAAAUGUACCCAUAAACGGCAUGUCUCAUAUUGACGAAGACGAGGAUCUCUCCAUGCACAUGUCUAUGCGGGCAAAGAUCAGUGAGGUCCGCGAAACUCGUCUUCCUUCGUUUUCCGCCCCCAACGGGCUUAAGAAGCGCACCCCCAGCGGAAUUCCAUCCAUCCCUGCGCCUCGAAGCCUUCGCACUAGCACGGGACUUGAUCGACGGGAGGGUCAAAUGGGGCCGCCCGAUCCGAAGACUAAGACCACUACCGAUUUGGGCGAAACUUUCUAAGUCCCAUGUGAAUUUUUCACUACCUCUUCCUUCCAUUGCCUACCCUUUAAUACACAUUAGGGCAACCUCCGAAGGGCGUCACGAUUUCACGGCUGGUACGCGCGCUUGAUAUAUUUCAGAUUACCGUUCAGACUGCAAUAUCUUAUUUAUCUUUCUUUGUCCCUUCUAUCAUUUUUUUUAUUUCCUAAUCACUACCCUUUUUGCAAAAAUGCAAGCUCCCACAAGGGAUUUGGGUACAACGGGAGGACUUGUUUUUGGGCCAGUUGUUCAUAGAUUCAAGGAUUCCCCUGGACAUUACUGCUGCGAUUAUACCACAUUUAGUCAUCAUAACCUGUACAGUCAGUCCCAGUGAAAGGCGGAGUUUGGCAGUGUAUCCGGUUCGAUGGCGCUUCGACUAACAGCCGGGGGUUUUCCUACAGGGAGCCCCAUCGGCGUCCAAGCUGUGACUCAGCAUUAUUUUUCUUUUGAUUGUAUAUUUCUUCUGUGUCGUUACAGUGUGCCCUAGGCGUUAGACAAUACCCAGUUAUAGUUUGAUGAAA